UAUUUUUCCUGCAAAGACAACCAGCUACUUCAGAAGGAAAUGGCCCAGGCACAUUCUGCACAGAUCCAGCAGGAUCUCUUAGGCUCUGAUCAAGAAAGACUCUACAGAGAAGUGAUGAAAGAGAGUUAUAACACCAUCUUCAGAGCUUCUCCUCUUCAGCUUCAAAAAUCUGAACUCCUGGCGCAUCUGAAACGAGGACAGGAAGGUCUUCAGAGCUCCAGCAAUGGUGCUGAUCAAAAACUGGUUAAAGAAGCCCUUAAGAAAUGGCCAGAAGCAGGAAACUGGUGGAAUUCCUACCGGAGUCCCGUGAGCGUGCCCACUUCAGAUUCAUCGAGUUCAGACGACGACGUUGCAAGCGAGAAGGAAGAGGAGGAGAGCAUUCCAUGGGAGAACCAGCGGAUUGCGAAACCUCGUGCUGCGUUGCUAGGCCAAUGGGAGAAUGUCCAGCGGCAGGGGAAAGCUUGCAAGAUUCAGCACGGCCGCCUGCAGGACUCUCGCCCCAGAGUUAAUUGCGCUGGUGGGAAAAAGAAAGGCAGCAAUAGCCAGCAAGGCAUGAAUACCGAAGAGAGCCAGAACGAAUGCACCGUGUGUGGGAAAAGCUUUGGGAGGAGAUCGUCCCUCCUCAGACAUUUCAAAGUCCACAGCGGAGACAAGCCUUUUCGGUGCUCCAUCUGUGGCAAGUGCUUCCUGGCGAAAACCAGCCUGGUUUUACAUAAGGAGAGCAUGCAUAAAAAACGGCCCCGUUCAGGAAAGAAAAACUGGGAGUGUCGCGAGUGCGGGCAAAACUUCGCCCGGAAAGCCUUUCUGACGGAGCAUCACAAGAUGCACAGCAGUGAAAAGACGCACCCGUGCCCUGCCUGUGAGGAAAGCUUCGCAGAAACCAGGAACCUUGUGAAGCAUCUUAUGGCCGCUCACUCGGGGGACCAUGUCUUCAAGUGCCCUGUCUGUGGAAAAGGCUUUAUGAAGGAGAAGGACCUCGCGAAGCACCAAGCAAAGAACCACGGCAACAGCCUUUGCCUUCCCGGUCUGGGCAGCGAAAACAGCUGCAAGGAAAAACCCUCCUCGAUCAAACACAAGAGACUUCAUCUGAACCCCGAAACUCUGCCUUGCGCAACGUACGAAGGAAACGGUGGGGUGGAACGUCCCCUUACCUGCGGUCACUGUGGGAAGUCUUACAAGCAGGAGAAGGCUUUCCUUAACCAUCAGAGUGUGUGCGUCAGGCCGCAACCAAGCGGCGAAGGAAAAGCCCCCAAGGAAGACGGCCCGCUCACUAAAAACCAGAUCACCUACGUGGAAAUGAAAGAUAACACUUGCUUCGACUGCGGGAAGCCUGUUUGCAAAAGUUCGCUGCUGGCCUCUCAGCCCAAAGGGGACCAGGAAAAGAGGCUUCAGGUGUGCCCUGAAUGUGGGGAAAGCUUUAGAGACAGCCAAGGUUUUGCCGACCACCUGAGAAGCCACCCAAAGGCGCCGUCUUCUCAAAACGCCUUGGAUUGGGAGGGCCUUGGGGAAAAAACGCCGCCCGUUGUCCAGCCGGCAAUGCUGGAGAAGAAAAGCCGCUACGAGUGCCGAGGCUGCAGGCGAGACUACUCGACUCAUUAUAACCUCAGGAGGCACCAGCGCAUCCACGUGGAAUGCCGGGUCAGGAGGAACGCCCGCAAGGGGAAGGAUGCCGCCCACAGCUGGUUCUACAUGGACUUCCCGAAAGCCCGUAGCAGAGAACAGACCCUUCAGCACAAAUGCACCUUCUGCGGGAAAGCCUUCAAAACGAAAAGCACCCUCGGCCGACACCACCAGAUCCACAUCAAAGGCAAGCCUUACAAAUGCACCAUCUGCGGGAAGGCCUUCGUCUACCGGUACACCCUCGCUCAUCAUCAAGAAAUCCACCUGGAAGACCAGCUCUACCAGCACAAGUGCUCUUUCUGCACGAAAGCCUUCAGGACGCCAUCGGCCCUCCGCCGACAUCAGCAACUGCACAAGGAAGGCAAGCCGUACAUCUGCAACAUCUGCGGGAAAGCUUUCGCCUACAGGUACAACCUCACCCACCACCGGGAAAUACACGUUGAAGGGCAGAUUUACAAGUGCUCUUUCUGCUGGAAAGCCUUCCGAACCAGCUACUCCCUCAGCCGGCACAAGCGCAUCCACACCGAGACCAGAUCCUAUCAAUGCCCUACUUGCAGGAAAGCCUUUGGAACAAAAUAUUCCCUUUGGCGGCAUCAGGAGAUGCACGUGAAAGAGGAUCCGGAUAGCUUGCUUGGCGGGAAAGAGACCGGGGAUGACUUAGUCAAAGAUCAAGCGAGUGGUAGCGACGACAGCGUGGACAAACAGGUGGCCCAUUCGGACCACGCUCAACGCCAGGAGGUCCUCCAGGAACGAAAACCUCCGGAAGGCUCUGAGAAUACGAGCUGCUCGCUCCUCCCCGAUCAUCAAAGCAGCCGUGUAGAAGAAAGCGCUAUUAAACAGUCAGACAGUCAGACUUUCAGGAGUGUUGGAUUGGGGGUUAAAGGUCAAGACAGGCCUAUAAAAGUAGAGCCCCAGCAGUGGACCAAUGGUUCGGUGUACCCAGGACAGGGAAUCCCAACGGAGGAAGGUCCCCUGGGGUCCCCUGAAAAUGGGGACACCUCCUUAGGCCACUCGGGAAACCGUGCCAUUAAAGACCCUGAUUGGUGUUUCCUGGGUAAGUUGCCCGGGGUUGGUCCACAAGGGAUGGUGGUCCCGCAGGAAAAGAAAUAUAGCUGCCCUAAUUGUGGGAAGUCCUUUAGAGAUAAAUAUUCCCUGACAAGACAUCAGAAAGUCCACUUUCCCGAGAGGCCCUAUCCGUGUCCAAGGUGUGAGAAAAGUUUCCGCACUACUAAAGACCUGGAGAAACAUCAGGUGACCCAUUCGGAUCAGAGGCCUCACCAGUGUGGCGAAUGUGGGAAAUACUUUAAGACGAAAUGCUCGCUCGAUAAGCAUCAGAAGACCCACAAAGGGGAAAAGCCAUUCUGCUGUUCUUAUUGCGGCCGAAGGGUGACCACCAGCACCAUCCUUCGGUACCAUCAGAGAACCCACACCGGGGAGAGGCCGUAUAAAUGUGCCGUGUGCGAUAAAAGUUACAUCAGCAAGUGGUCCCUUAAAAAACAUUUGGAGUUGCAUUACAAAAAGAAUCCGCCAAAGGACCUUAAGGAAGCAAAUCCGCUCGACCAGAAAUGUUAAGGUGUCUUUGUCACUUGUGGGUGAAGAAACGGGGACGAGGGUUUUGGAGGUCUUUUGGAACAGGUCUGGGUUGAAAUAUCCACCUUUAAGAUUCCCAGGUUCUUUCUAUACCCGGUGACUAUAGCUACCUCAGAAACAGAUUUUUGAAUGUACUCUGCCUUUCCAAUCUCGAAUCAUUCAGAUAACUUCACUCCAGAAAUGAACAUCCGUGCCACAAAGAGCCUGUAAUAAAGAGGCUCCGUUUAUUUUGAAUGAGUGGACUUGACUGAGAACUUGGAUGCUGGAAAAAGUGAUAAAAGAGCGUCCAUGGCCCUACAGUUUGGAGUGAUGGCAACGAUAAAUGCGAGCUGUCUUACGUUUCUUAACAUUGUUUUCACAUUGUAAAAAGCAGAUUUUUGUGUUGAAAUAAUUUCUCUUCUGCAGUGUACGUAUAUAAAGAAA